GAGCAUCGCUAACCACCGACACCGCCCUUCACCCAAUUUGCAUCCGAACUUCGAAGUUGGAGUCGCUAAUACACAGCGCGAUAACUGUCGCCAGCUUCAUCUGCGCCACACCAACGUCGUUUUCGACCAGCCACAAUGGCGCGCGGCCGCCCAUCGCGAGCUGCAGCGCGUCGCAGCACACCUGUUCGCAGCGCAACACCCCAGCAGGACAGCGAUGAGGAUAUGAUAGAUGCACCAGAAUCGCGCGCCGACACACCCAAAGAAGAGGAAGAAGAUGCCGAAUCAGCAGCCCAGGGAAGCGAUGAGGAAGCCGCGCCCUCUGAGCGUUCGCCGUCUCCAGCAGUCAUCCAGCCAUUUCCGCGCAAGAAGCGUCUUGGUCGCCCUCCUAAGAACAGGCCACCGGACUGGAACGUCAUCGAGCCCGACAACUCUGAAGGCGGCACACCCGUCAAGCGCAAGCGGGGACGGCCGUCUGGCGGAGGUCGAGGAAGGCCACCAAAAGGAGGGCCGUCGCAUACCACGCGCGUUCCCAUAGACAAAGAGGGCAACAUGAUGGACGUAGUCAACGAUGAGGUUGACCUACCAGAGGAUGAAGAGGGCGAGCAGAAGGUCGACAAACUGGGUAACCUCAUGGGUGGACGAGACUACCGUGUGCGCAUAUUCACCAUCAAGGGCAGGGGCGACAGACAGUACAUGUUGUCGACUGAACCGGCUCGAUGCUGUGGGUUUAGGGAUAGUUAUCUGUUCUUCACCAAACACAUGAAGCUCUACAAGAUCAUCAUCGACGACGCCGAGAAAAGGGACCUGAUCGACCGCGACAUCAUCCCUCAUUCCUACAAGGGUCGUGCCAUCGGUGUCGUCACAGCACGAUCCGUCUUCCGCGAGUUUGGCGCGCGCAUCAUCAUCGGUGGCAAGAGGGUCAUCGACGAUUACUACGUUACAGCAGCAAAGGAAAGCGGCGCGGUCGCGGGAGAGCUUGCAGACCCCAACGACAGACUUCCACCUCCAGGGGAGCCGUACAACAAGAACCAGUACGUGGCUUGGCAUGGUGCCAGUAGUGUCUACCACACCGGUGUGCCCAGCGUGCCAACUGCAAAUGGCAAGCCUGCACCUGGAAAACGGAAGGUCAACAUUACUUCUGCCAACUGGCAAUUCGAGCAUGGUCGCGCUGCAAGUCGAUUCAACUCGAACCUCUCCAGGCUACGAAAAGCAAAUCUCACGGGCGUCUACGAUCCACACACCAACCUGAUGUGUUAUCCCAAGGUCACACAACCAACCCAUGCACGUUGGGAGGAGGUUCCUGCAGAAGAGAUGGAUGUGCCUCCACUCGUUCGUCGCAAAUAUCUUGUGGUCGACUCAGUCUUCCAACAGCCUCCCUUCGCCGGCUUAGGCAUACCCGGGCCCGACGGCGACUUCGUUGAUGUCGGCACCAACGGCCUACCGGCCCUGGACGACGAGGACAAAUCAAACAUGAAGCCCGAAGAACUACAAGCAUUUGAGCAGAUCAAGGCUGAAGAACAAGAGUGGCGUAGUCAAUGGGGUGGAGAGAGCACUGAUGGUGCGAGAGUGAAACCGAAGAUUGGUUUCGUGGGCGUUCCGGUUUGAGACAUUCAAACCAGAUUGAUGUCCCAUAAUUGUUGUGCUCACAUAAUUUCUUUAGAUACCACGACUGAUUCCAGGACGGCGCGAUUUGGCGAACGAUGUAAAAAUAGUUUCCAUAUUUGAGGCUGGGGGCACGACUCGAUACACCGCAGUAUAUGCUUCUUCUUGACAUCAACAGCCUCAUCGGUCGUGGUUAUCAAUUCUUCUCCUCUGGCGCGUUCUCAAUUCAUUAUUCGUCAUGUCGCUAUUCGACUAGCGCACUGCGUUUAUGUUAGAGCUCCACCAUGACCAUAGGUGUAGCACCAGGUGCUCCUUGACAGAGAAAUGAUGAUGUAUCUUCCACCAUCUGCUUGUGCACUGCCUAGUCGUGCAUGCCUUUUCGAUAUCAUACGACAGCAAUUGACCGCAUUUGCACGCAGCAUGUCCCGGUUUGUCAGUCGAUAUUUGAAACGCUUUGUGUGUACGGGUUUGAGAAAAUCG